AGGGGCGUUGCCAGGGAGGGGUCACGAGGAGGGGCUCUCUUCCGGAGGAGGACAACGGGUGACCCGGAAGCGGUCGGCAGUGCGGCGCUGUUUAAAGAUGGCGGCGGAGGAACCUCAGCAGCAGAAGCAGGAGCCGCUGGGCAGCGACGCCGAAGGUGUUAACUGUCUUGCCUAUGAUGAAGCCAUCAUGGCUCAGCAGGACCGAAUUCAACAAGAGAUUGCUGUGCAGAACCCUCUGGUCUCAGAGCGGCUGGAGCUGUCUGUCCUGUACAAGGAGUAUGCUGAGGACGACAAUAUCUACCAACAGAAGAUCAAGGACCUCCACAAAAAGUACUCGUAUAUCCGCAAGACCAGGCCCGACGGCAACUGCUUCUACCGAGCCUUCGGCUUCUCCCACCUGGAGGCGCUGCUGGAUGACAGCAAGGAGCUGCAGAGGUUCAAGGCUGUGUCUGCCAAGAGCAAAGAAGACCUGGUGGCCCAGGGCUUCACCGAGUUCACAAUUGAGGAUUUCCACAACACGUUCAUGGACCUGAUCGAGCAGGUGGAGAAGCACACCUCGGUAGCCGACCUGCUGGCUUCCUUCAAUGACCAGAGCACCUCGGACUACCUGGUGGUCUACCUGCGGCUGCUCACCUCGGGCUACCUGCAGCGCGAGAGCAAGUUCUUCGAGCACUUCAUCGAGGGCGGGCGGACCGUCAAGGAGUUCUGCCAGCAGGAGGUGGAGCCCAUGUGCAAGGAGAGCGACCACAUCCACAUCAUCGCGCUGGCGCAGGCCCUCAGCGUGUCCAUCCAGGUGGAGUACAUGGACCGCGGCGAGGGCGGCACCACCAACCCGCACGUCUUCCCCGAGGGCUCCGAGCCCAAGGUCUACCUGCUCUACCGGCCUGGACACUACGACAUCCUCUACAAAUAGGGCUGGCUCUGGCGCCGCGGCCCUGCUGCCCUCCCCUCUGCCAGGCACUAGACAUGUACAGAGGUUUUUGUGUGGUUGUAAAUGGUCCUGUUUCACUCCCCCUUCCCUGUCAUACAACCCUCCACGUUUUAUUAAAGGGGAUGCUGGUGGUGA